UGUUUUAAGUAUAUAUUAUAAUACGUUCGUAAAGUUCGUCGUCGAACUCGACUUUUGCCCACCCGGUGCGAGAAAACGAACGGCGCAUACACCGAAAUGCAUUUCGUCAACGACGUGUCCAAGUUCCUUUACAGCAGUCUCAGGAACGAAUCGAGCAGGCUCAGGAGCUAUGCGGUGAACUGCGCUUACAAAUAUCCGACGAAAGUUCGAGUAGUCGAAGUAGGACCGAGAGAUGGUCUACAGAACGAAUCUAAAAACAUACCAACGGACGUCAAAGUGGAAUUCAUCAAUAGACUGUCUGCGACAGGACUUCAAAACGUUGAAGCUACAAGUUUCGUUUCCCCAAAAUGGGUGCCGCAAAUGGCCGACCACUCGGACGUGUACAGCAAGAUCGACAAAGUGGCCGGUGUGUCGUAUCCGGUGCUGGUGCCGAAUAUGCGAGGUCUACUCACAGCCAUGCAACACGACGUUAAAGAAAUCGCCGUCUUCGGGUCCGCUUCUGAAGGGUUUAGUCAAAAGAACAUUGGCUGCAGCAUUGCCGAGAGCCUAGAAAGGUUCGAAGAUGUAGUGUCCACUGCUUUGGACCACGGUAUCAAAGUCCGCGGGUAUAUCUCUUGCGUGUGCGGGUGUCCGUACGACGGUGCUGUAUCGCCCCAAGACGUCGCUAAGAUAUCCGACGCGUUGUAUAAAAUGGGCUGUUACGAGAUUUCUCUUGGAGACACGAUUGGUAUCGGCACACCGGGCUCAAUAAGGGCAAUGUUACAAGAAGUCAUGGAAAUUGUGCCUGUCGAAAAUUUGGCUCUUCAUUGUCAUGAUACUUAUGGACAGGCGUUGUCUAACAUACUUACUGCUCUCGAGAUGGGGAUUUCAGUAUUCGACUCGUCGGUGGCCGGUCUUGGCGGCUGUCCUUACGCCAGAGGUGCAUCUGGCAACGUGGCUACCGAAGAUUUGAUUUACAUGUUAGAAGGGAUGGGCAUCGAAACUGGUGUUGACAUGGACCUGUUACUGAGUGCUGGCAGAUAUAUUUGCGAAGAGCUGGGAAAAAGUACGGAAUCGAAAGUGGCCAGAGCGCUGUCUGGAAAAGAAAAACCUAUGAAAUUCUUGCAAUCCUACAGAAAUCAACCAUCACUCAAGAACUAAUGAUCUUCUCGACGCCUAUAAAUUAUUCCAUUUCACUCAUUAGCCACUCGAAUUAUCUCUAUACGCUAUCGUUUUGUGUAAUUUAGUGACUUUUUAAUUAUUUAUAAAAGACUGAAUCUAUUAUGUUUAUCAUGAAUGUGACUUUGACCGUAAUUUUUUUUAUAUUUUACUAUCGUAUAUGAAUAAUUUAUAUAAUAUUUUAUUUUAUUACUAUAUUAUUACUUUCGCUAUUAUACGCAUUGCACGUGGACAAAUACCCGAUCAUCUGACAUAUAUAGGCACAAUUUGUGAAAGAGGGAUGUACUUGGAUUGUGGGUGGAUUAGCACCUAAAUACGCUUCUCUAAAUUAUUUUAUCAAAUUGCGUACAAUUGUAUUACUUAAGCUAUACGAUUUAUAUGUAUCAACUUAUCUGUUAAAAAUGAUUUGUAUGUUUUCCAUCCGUGAAUGUAUUUUUUUAGAAUGAUAUUAUUAAGUAGUACCUAAUAUUAUAUGAUAUAUUUUUAUAAACGAUUAUUUUUAAUAUAUUUAAAAUUAAAAUCAAUAAGUUUUACAUA